GGAUUUGAUGUGUACUAUUGCAAUGACGGAAAUUGAGUUUCUGAUUUUUGUUUAUUUGCAUGUUCAGAUAUUGGCUGCACAUCGUUAUGGUAUCAAACGGGUUAUCCUACCGGAGAGGAACUUGAAGGACUUGGUUGAAGUGCCAUCAGCUGUUCGUAACUGCAUGGAGAUAGUGUUGGUAAAGCGGGUGGAAGACGUGUUGGAACAGGCAUUUGAGGGAGGUUGCCCUUGGAGACAGCGUGCAAAAUUAUGACAGCCCCUGGGUCUAAUUAUUAAUUAACAGAUCUUUGAUGUUGAUGGUCUUGUUCUAGCUGUCAGUGGCUCCACCAGCAUAUAAAACAGCAAUCUAUUCACAAACUUGAUCCAUUGACAGGAACUCCUCCCUGUAUUGAUCAUAGGUUGGGAAAACAUGUAACGAGAAGAUUCAUUCUGGGCACAGAAGGAUCCCUGUCAUCCGUGUUUCACUGCAGUCUUCGGUUGACAUCAUCAAUUUAUAUAAAUAAAAGUUCUGCAUAGUUGUUCCUGAGUCCCGAUUUGUAUUUUAGACCGGGCAAUGAAAGUCCCUGAUACACUCACUCAUCCAGUAUUCUGAUUCUGUAUAAACUGUUGUUUAUUCAAGCAAUGAAUUCUAAUUAUUUGU